UCAAACUUACUUUGAUCAAACUGUCUUCUCUUGUGAAACAUGCACUGUAUUACCCUCAAACCAUUUUCUCCAUCUCCGCCUUCUUUCUUCAGAAAACCAACUAACAUCCAAAUAAAUCCCGCAAAAGAUUACGCCCAAAACCCACAAAUUUUCACUCCUUGGAUAAAAUGUAUUUCUCACAGAUCAGCUAAAUCAAGGUCAAGAAUUCCGAAACCCAAUAAUCUAUCAGUUUCUUUCUUAACAGCAAAUAAACCACCGGAUCUGCACACCCUAAACAUAGCCGAGAAGGCAUAUGUUUUAAAUUCAGAGUUCAAGUCGUUAUCCGAACCCGUCGAAAGAGUCAAAAGAUUAUUACACUAUGCAACUCUCCUGCCUCCAUUCGACGAGUCUUUGAGAAUUCAAGAAAACCAAAUCAAGGGGUGCACAGCGCAGGUCUGGGUGGAGGUGAAGAUGGAUAAUAGUGGGGUGAUGAGAUUUAGAAUUGACAGCGAUUCAGAGAUUACAAAAGGGUUCAGUUCUUGCCUGAUUUGGUUGCUUGAUGGUGCAGUUCCUGAGGAGGUUUUGAGUGUGAAAACUGAGGAUUUGGUGGAAAUGAAUGUGGGGUUAAGUAAUAGGGCUCCUUCAAGGGUUAACCCUUGGCAUAAUGUGUUAAUUAGCAUGCAGAGGAGGACUAAAGAUUUACUCACUCCAGAAGUUUCUUCUUGAAACGACAAUCGAGUAGCCUUUGUGUGUGUGUGUGUGUGUAUAUAUAUAUAUUUAUUACUAUUAUUAUUAUUUUCUUUACGGUGAGAUUGUAUCUCAGGAGAAAGGUCUACAUUUUCCCCCUUGUAAUAUAGGGUACAUCCAACGUUGAAAAUUCAAAUAGAUAUGAGAUGGAAAGCUAACUUUCCUAAAUAUCAGAGGGAAGUAAGAUGUCGACACUAUGAUGCCAAUAUUUUAAUCUGGCUACUCAUUUUUAGAUCAACAAUGCUACAGGUACAAGGAAAUUUUCACUGGAACUUUACGA